AUGGCUGCCAUACUUAAAUCGCUGGCCAUAUUUCUCGUCAUUGCAAGAGGUGCGUAUGGAGAAUGCACUCUGAGAAAUCUUCAAGUGCGUCAAUACGGUACAGGGAAAUCGCUUAAGGGCUACCAUGAGUAUUCUGUGAGCAUCUUCAAUAAAUGCAAUGAAUUGUGCGUUCAAAGCAAUGUGAAGCUAAACUGCAGUGGAUUUCAAACCGUGGAAAAGGUAGAGCCUUCAAUUUUGAGAGUGUCCGGUGAUGUUUGCGAUCUUAACAAUGCUCUACCAAUCACUUCUGAUGCAACCGUCAACUUCCGCUACGCUUGGAGCAACUCCUUCCAUUUUAACCCAAUUUUCUCCGACAUCCAUUGUUAUAAGUCAUAG